GUCUUGAAGGAGUCUUCCAUCAUCAACCCAAUAAUACUGGACUCGUAAUUUGGUAUUCAGUACUUAUGGGUCCGGUCACCACUACAAAUAGGAUAAGAGAGACGUUAUGGCUGAAUCCUUAAAGCCAGUGGGGACUGGGGAGUUAGCUCAGAGAUCUACAGACCGUUAGAUUGUUAUUAUUCACAACGUUUGACAGACGUUGUCGUCUCUCUGCCUCUGCCGCUGCCGCCGCCUUAUAAAUUCUUGGCAAAGUCGGCUUUCCACAACUCUCUCUCUCGCCUUCUCCAACGUCGCCGGAGAUUGUGGGAAGUGAGUUAGGGAUUUUUUUUGGCCGUUCGGACGCGUGGCAGUCAUGGGGUGCGCCACGUCGAAACUCGACGACCUCCCGGCCGUCGCUCUCUGCCGUGACCGCUGCAACUUUCUCGAGGACGCCGUACAGCUGCGUUACGAUCUGGCCGAUGCACAUGUGGCGUACAUGCAGUCUCUCACCACCAUUGGUGUCUCACUCCACCGUGUCUUCCAUCAUGUUGCGAACCACUCUGAUUCUAAAACAAAAGAUGACGCGGUAGCUGCUGCAACCGCCUGCGCCGGGGAUUCUCUGGGGAAUCGUUCUGGCUCGGACUCUUCGCAUCUGCAGUUUCGUUCCGAUAGUGAAGACGAUAAUGAUGGCAGUUCGGAAUCUCUGAAGAAUAAUUAUGUUCUUGAGCACGAAACCCUAGGUUCAAUAAAUUAUGAAAAGAAUCACCCGGCCCAGUCUGUGGCGUAUUAUUCUUUUCCUGAUUAUGGCCCUAACUCGUAUCAGUACUUCGAUUCCUCGACUGCGUACAAUGGCGAGAUGAUCACUGGUUUCUUUCACGCCCCGAGUCCGUCACCGUUGCCGGCGUCCGGUGGCGGCUACGGAUCGGAUUCGAAGCCCCCUCCGUCUCCGCCGCGCAACUCGGCUUGGGAUUUCUUGAAUCUUUUCGAUGAGAGUUACAAAUUGCAGCCUUACUCUCCUAUGCUUGGCUCGGAGGGUGUGAGAGAUGAGGGAAAGCAGGAAGUCGCGAAAGAAGAGCGGAAAUUUGACGAUGGUGCUGGUAAUUGCUCGAAAGUUGCAGAAGAGGAGGGUCAGGGAAGAAACAUUGGCCAAAGUGGGACGAGCGCGUCAAGGGAAGAUGCUGUGGUGGAGUGCGCGGCUCAUGCAAUGGAGAAGAGGGAAAAUGGAGAUUCCGAUAAAGAGCCAGUGGAGGAACGGAGCGAUUCCGCUACAAUCGCUCCUACUGGGACCCAAGGCGUCAUGCGAAGUGUCUCUGAGGCUAUGAGAGAAAUACAGGUCCUGUUUGAGAGGGCUUCAGAAUCAGGCGGUGGAGUUUCAAAGAUGCUGGAAGCGGGAAAACUCAAUUAUCAUCCAAAGAGUGGUGUCUAUCAAGUUUCCUCCAAGAUGCUUCAUGUGAUUACCCCAUCAUUGUUAGUGGUGUCCUCACAACCUUCAACUGAGAAUAUUGGUUCUAUAUAUUUGGACUUGAAUGAAGAUAUGGGUAUGAGUUCGGGGAAUCUUUCCUCUACUUUGAAGAAGCUUCACAUGUGGGAGAAGAAACUCUAUGAUGAAGUCAAGGGUGAGGAAAAACUGCGCAUUAUGCAUGAACGGAAGUGUAAGCAGCUGAAACUUUUUGAUGAGAAGGGUGCUGAUGCUCAAAAAGCUGAAACCACUCAAACUUUAGUCCAGAGUAUAUCUACUAAAAUAAGAAUUGCAAUUGAUGUUGUUGACAAGAUAUCAAUCACGAUAAAUAAGUUGAGGGAUGAAGAGUUAUGGCCGCAGAUCAAUGAAUUAAUCCAUGGGUUCAGUGGAAUGUGGAAAGCUAUGCUAGAAUGUCUUAAGAGUCAAUCUCAAGCAGUUUCAGAAGCCAAUAGUUUAGAUGCCAUCAUUUGCAAUGGAAAGCUUAGCGAUGAUUAUCUUGAAGCCCUAAUAGAACUUAAAUUGGAGCUUCAGAACUGGAAUUUGAGGUUCACCAAUUGGAUUGAUACCCAAAAAGGCUUUGUCAAAGGCUUGAAUAGUUGGCUUUUGAGAUGUCUUUUAUAUGAACCUGAAGAAACGCCUGAUGGAGCAGAGCCUAUCUCUCCUACUAGCGUUGGGGCACCCCCAGUAUUUGUGAUCUGUAACCAGUGGGCAGAAGCCAUGGAAAGAUUUUCAGCCGAGGAAGUGGUUGAAGCCAUACAAGCCUUUUUCACGACUGUAAAUCAGCUCUUGGAACUGCAUAGUGUAGAUCUGCAGCAGAGGAUGAUUGUAGACAAGGACAUGGAGAGAAAAGUGAAGAACUUGGAGAAGAAGGAGCAAAAGAUGCAGAAGGUGAUGCAAGCUGGAGAGAAAAAGAUGACUCUAGAGCCUGGGGAAAGUGGUUCCCUUUUACCUGGAGUGGCUGUAAAACACGCUCAGAUGAUCAAUGUUGGUAGUUUACAGUCUGGUCUGCGGCAGAUUUUUGAGGCCAUGGAGAGGUUCACAGCCAACCUGAUGCAAUCUUAUGAGGAGCUUCUUGUAAGCAUUGAAGAUGCAAAGUGUGCUCAAGAGAGAACCCAUAAACAUCAUGGAUUUUUGCCCAAGUGAUAUCCCACCUGCUUAUCUGGUUCUUUGUUGGUCCCCAAGCAUGAUUAUCUCUGAAUGGCCUCCUAGAAAUUGUUCAAUUAUGCAAUGCUUCUUUCCUAUUCAUCACCUUUGUUUUGAUGAUUCACUCUGCAGCUGGAAGGCAGGGAAAUUUUACAAAUGCUGGCCCAAUUCCUUGUUGAAGUCAAUGAGGGCAAAGUGAUUUUAUAGAUUUUAUCUUCAUUGGAGCUAAGCAUCCUGGUUGCCUUAUCGGCUGAAGGCCAUUGCUGAGGAGGACGAGACCAGUAACUUUCAAUCCCCGCAACCAACUUCCUUUCCAACCCAUGCUUUAGGAUGUUAAGUUCUGACAGAACUGAAGAAAAGCAGGACUACACAAGGUCGUCAAGUGGAGUGUGGCUUUUGAGUAGUGAUAUACAAGCUGCGUCAUCAGCUGUCUCUCUUCUUGUCGUGCCAUAACAAUCAGCUAAGCUGAACUCAUCAGGACAAUGCUGACUGGAGUUGAAUCUUCCUCAUUGGACUGCGACAGGGGCUGAGUGCAGCUGCAAAAGGGUUUAUACAAAUUCCUCCACAUUAACAUGAGAACACCAAUAGAGACACCACACUCCUAGGUUACAAACCACCCAUCCUAGUUUUGUGUCAAAUUUAUGUUAGUAGUAGGAGGCUGCCUAGUACCUGAAUGGAAGAGUUCCAUUUAUCAGUUGGGCCUUUUAGGAUUUCAAAUUGAACGUGAGAUGUAAAGAUCCAUGGGCCCUCACUACUUUCAGAGUUCCAUAGGAUCCCAAUGGGCCUCCACGACUUAAAAAUGCUCACUUCUCAAUGUUAAUUGGUCUAUAUUUUGAAAAUGUAGAGGAACCAUUCAAUGGAAAAGGGGAUUUUAUUUAAUUAAAAAUAAAA